AUGCCCAUGCCGUGCCGGUACCUACCCUCGCGUGCAGCAGCCAUUGCAUCAUGGCCCUGUGACCCCACCGCUGCGCCAUGGCUCUGUGAUCCCACUGCUGCACUGUAUCCGUGGGCUGGCUCUGCAGCAGCCGCAGCAGCGACAAUGGCAAGCAAGACGUACAGCACAGCAGUGCAUGACCCGCCGAACCGCACGAUAGCGGAGGAAGCAAAGGCCAUUCUUCACGAGCUGAAUGCAGUGGUGGCUGUCGGUCCGCGCUGGCAGCUGGACGCCUUUCUGGGCGGCACUACCCGCCUCUGUGCCAUCCAGAAGGCCCUGCGCGCGCGGCUAAACGACAAAGAAGGGGUUGUUGGAGGGCGGGGGGGGAUAGCGGGUGAUGGCAUGGGGGGGAGGAGGGCGGAAUAUUACGAAGGCGGGGAGAGCAGCAGAGACGACAUGGGAGUGUGGGGUAGCAGGGGGUAUGGCAGCAGCAGUGCUGCUGCUGGCAGCAAUGGUGUUUAUCCACCGAGCGGAAGGGAAGAAGCAGCAGGAGGAGGAGCGAUGGAAGAAGGGGGAUUUGCAGGCGUGAUGAAAAAGAAGCUGGGGCGAAGGGCCAGUCAGCCUCCAACCAUAUUCGGAUCAGCUCUAGCGGCAGCAGCAGCAGUAGACGGCAGCAGUGGUCUAGAUGGGUUGAGAGGUCGGCAAGGGGGCCUGAUUCCCAGCGAGGGUUUUGGGCCCGGACAAUCUGGGUUUGGGCGGUUGCAUCCUGGGAGUGAAGGCGAGGUGAUGAAGGUACUGGGCGAUGUGGACAUGCUUAUAGAGCGAUGCAUGGAGAUGCUUAUAGCGGAGUUCAAGGAUAGCCUCGUGAAGCACUGCAAGGCGUUUGAAGUGCCGAUGGCCAAGACUGUUUUAGACAUCAGUGCCCGAUAUGCUUCACCUCUCCCCCGCUCAAUGUCUGCUGGCGAUGGUGCUCCUGGUUCUGGACCUGUUGCUGCUGCUGCUGCCGCUGCUGCUGCUGCUGCCGCCGCUGCUGCUGCUGCUGCUGGUGCUGCUGCUGGUGCUGGUGCUGGUGCUGGUGGUGAUGGUAGAGUAAGCUCUGGGCAUCAUAGCAUAAGCAACUCGCGGUACAGCAAGAGCCUAUCCGCUAUUGAUGACAGCAGCGGCAGUAGGGGCAGUAGCAGCAGAACGGUCAACCCCAUGUACAGUGCACAGUACAGUGCACUUGUGAAGCGAUUCAAGAAGCUGUCAACUCGGCCGCCCAUCACUCUGGAUCCAAUCGCUCAGCAGCUAGCAGAUGGGGGCAAAGCAAAGGAGUGCAUGGUCGAGUACUGCACACUGCGGGCAGCAGCCCUGGAAGCGGCCAUAGCAGCUCUGGAGAUGGGGGAAAUGCGCGCCCCUGCCCUCUCCGCCCUGUCCUGGAGUUCCCAAGAGGCCUUUCUCAAGGCCUGGGUACGAGAUGCCUACCUGCUGAUGGACGUGCUGCUAGUAGCAGAGCGCUUUCUCUGCGACAGCGUGUUCCUGUUCUCCCACAACCUCUCCACCCGCUCCUUCCGCCGCAUCGUGCGCCGAGCAGCAGCGCUGAAGCAGGCGCUGCACCUGCUAUGCGGCAACGCUGCUGUCAUCUGCUCCUCUGAUGAGCAGCCGGAGAAGCUCUUCAGCCUGCUGGAUAUGAUUCAGGCCACCCAGGACCUUGGGUCACAGAAUGGGGAAAGGAAGAACAACAGCUUUUCUGUUCUGAUUGAUGGUGGAUCAGAAACAAUCUCUCUCUCCUGCUGUACUUACCUCUCCUCUCCAUCCAUCAAUUCGGAUGGAAUACUUGCUUGUGACAGCAGUUUUUCUAUCGCCAAGGCGCCUCAAAAACUAUCCCGCCCUGCCAUGUUUGACCCUCCCCUCUCCACUCACUCACCCAUGCAGAUGGAAGAUGUGCUGAUGGCAGCAGGUAUGGAAAAAGCCCAUGAGCAAUGGAAGAAGCUGCCAAAACUGCUGACAUCAGCAGCAAUAGCGUCGAUCGAUAAGCUCAAGGAGAGGUUGAACGAUGUGGGUGCAGCGCAGCAGGCUAUGGCUGUUGCAGCAUCACCACGGUCUGCUCAGAAGAUUUUCAGGUUGUGGAAGGCACCAGCGGAGGAGAGGUCAAGGGAAGAGACGGAUGUGGCAGUGCAUGCUAUCACCAGCUACACUGUCAACUACGUCAACCAGCUGCUGCGCAAAGAUGGCUCUCGCUAUGCUCGCAUGCUGGAAAGCGUCUACAGGCGAAGGGGAGGAGAGACAGGCACCAGAAGAGUGCUGAACGAGGAGAUCAGUGACCUGCUGGCAGCGCUGCACCGCAACAUGGAAGUGCGGGCAGAGGUCAUUGCAGAGAGUACUGUUGCUGCUCUCUUCAUGCUCAACAACACUGCUUAUGUCUCCAACUCUCUUGCAAGCACGAGCAUGAAGGAGGCUAUGAAACAGUCUGAGCGGCUUAAGGAGUGUGAACAAGCCUUUAUAGACGCUAUCACUGCCAAGAUAUGUUCUCACCUUCUAUGUAUGGAGGCCAGUUUCCAGCUCAAUGCACAGGAGCUCAGGAUCAGGUUAAAGCGGUUCAAUGCAGCCUUUGAGGAGCUGGCAUUGCUGCAGGGCAGCUGGAACAUAGUGCACAUCAGCACACGCAGGAACAUUCGACAACUACUGGCUACAACGCUGCAUGACAAAUACAAAGACUUUCUCAUUCCACAUAGGGACAUCUUGACAAACAUUCCCUCGUAUCGCUGGUCUCCAGAUCGCCUUCUUCGCGCUGUACAGAAAAACUUCUUCAUUGGUCCCAGUAUUAUGCGGUCAAGCUCACAUGAUGUGUAA